CGCUUCCUAUUUAUUGAUUUCCCAUCGAUUUAUGGGCUUGCUGAUGUUUUUCGUUUUGAUUUUUUAUAGACCGUAGACUUGUCUUGAAGAACUGUGGUGGUGUCGGGCAUUGUGGUUCGGCUGGAGAUCGGCUUGAAUCGGUAAGCCACCGGCGAGCCAUCGCCACUCGUACGAGGCUGCUUGCCGCUGGUGGACGCGUUUCGGUGGUGCUCCGAUCGGUGUGGUUUCCUGUGAACAAAAUAAAGUGUCUCAAAAGCAUAAAAAAUCUGUCACAAAAAAAGGAUAAUCCUGUCAUGUAUGGUGAUCGUCUUCAGAAUCAUAAAUCGUCAUAGAGGAAGAUCACGGAUCAAGUAUUACAAGGAAUGGAGUCUGGUAGCAGUGGCAUUACGGAUAUGGAGAUCACCACCGAUGCUGGCCAGCCCACCCAGAUCACCUCCAUUGAUGGAUUCUUUAAUCGGAAACGAGGAAGACCGCCAAAAAAUCGAUUUGUUGAGGUCUACAAGAGUGCUCAGCACUCCCCGCAGGCCAUCUUCACCAGCUUCAAGCUGGAGCGCAGUGAUCCGGGGACACCUGUUUCCGGUAGCUCCCUAGUCGAUAGCCUUGACGAUCGAUUUCAAUCCCCGGAAACCGAAAUAGAUCUCACGCCUAGUCGGAACCGGAAGAGGAAUCGCUUGUGGGGUAGAUCCUCCUCAGCCGUGGAGCAGUCGCCCGGAAGGAGGAGCUCCUUCAGUGUGGCCCACUUGGCCACAAAUGUGCCACAAAACAGCCGCCAAGAGAACACUUCACAAGCUAUUGAUACAGCAACAUCAAAGAGUGAUUCCAGCAAAGUUCUUGACAGAAUUUCGGUUGUUCGCGCCGCUGGAACUUUCUAUCCGGAAAAUGCGAAUUCUUCUUCUCAGACGGAUAAUCCGGAAGUGGCACGUUCCUCUCGCUUCAUUAGCCGCCAGGAAUCCGGCGACCUGGAAGUGGACCAGCCGGAGGACCUCAGCAUGAGACCUUCACUCCCGGAACCAACUGCCACGGCGGCGGUGGAUGUGGAACCUGCCCUGAAUAUGAAUCUUUUGCAAUUCAAGCAACUCAUCGAUCUGUAUCAGAGACAGGUCCUUCUGCCCAGCUUCCUGGCAGCGGCUAGUCAGCCAUUGGCAUUGCCAGGAUCAGGAUCAGGAGCUGGGGCGGACAUGAGGCUACUACUUGAGAUUGCUGCCCACCAAAAGUUGCUGCACCUCAACGCAGCCGUGGCAGCAACAGCAAGUGCGAAUGCAACUGCAACUGCCACAGCAACAACGGUGUCUGCAACAGCAGAUUCUUCUGGUCAGCGGGUACCCGGAAGAAGGAUAAGAGACCACGACAUCCCUAGUGGUUACCUCAAGUUCCGGUUUAAUGAGGACUGCGGAUUCGAGAAGUGUGGCUAUCGGAACCAUCAAUCGCAUUUUCAUUGCAACCGAAGGGAUUGCCACUACAGUUUCUGCGACAAAACACGCUUCGUGCAACACACAGCCCGCCAUGACCGGAUGGACACCCUCAUGGGCGAUGAUUUCCGGCAGUUCCGGGCCAACAUGCAAUGCGGUGUGGCAAGUUGUUCCUACGCCGCCUCAACCGGGAGGUCCUCCGAUUCAGAUCCUUUAGACUCUGUGGCCUCAACCUCUAAAAAGACAUCGCACUUUCACUGCCGGAAGUGCGAUUAUGUUUGCACGGAUUCCAACAAAGUGGUGGCUCACAGGAGGCUCCACCUGCGACAGGACUAUGUACGUUCGGCAGGAUUCCGGAAGGUGAACGGCAAUGAGCCCUGUAAUUCAACAUCCUGCACUUAUGCCCUGCGGCACACCCACUACCAUUGUGUCACUUGUGAUGGAGGAGUGCUUUCCCGGGCUCAGUUAUCAGGACACAAGCACAGGACCUCCCUUCCUAAGCAGGAGGCGGAGACCACGCCAUAGAGACUUUUCAAAUCCAAAACACCAAGCUUAACUUACAAUAAAAUCAGGAACAUUUAAGACAGUUCAAGUUAAUUUAAUUUGUAAUAAUUCAAUUAAGAAUGAUGCUACUUCCCCUGACUGUUGAAACUUUACAAACUAUUGUAAUUAUUUUAGAAAAAUGAUAACCUCUUUUAAAGUCUUUAGUUAUAUUAAAUAAAAGUCA